GGCGGCGGCGGCGGCGAUAGCGGCGGUUGCUGCUGGUGGUGUAGCGCGGGUGUGCGCGCGCGGUGCUGCCUUAACGGCGUAUCGGUGCGGACGGUGGCUUUAGACUCGAAGCUGCGGAAGAAGGGCCGCGAGCUCGGCCGUGCUCCGAUGGCCUGAUACAUACUGCGAAACGCGUUCAUGAAGCUCCACUGCCCUGAAUCGUCGAUGGGCGUGCGGGGGUGACUGGAGUGAUGGGAUGGGGCCAGAGCCCCAUGGAGUUCGGGUAGACCCGUCUCCGGCCCAGCUCCCCAGCCCCCUCCGCCAUCGAUAUCGCCACUGCUCCUGCCAGCGACGCAGAGGGCCGCCUCGAUCGCGAUGGAGGCCUCCUCUAGCAAUCAACAACAAAAAGAGAAGGAGCCACGCGUUCACAGGCCUUGCGCCUUCGACAAGAUGGAGGGGCUGGUGCGGGAGAUGCAAGACCCUGAGAGCGGGGUACCCGUGCGAAGUCAGAAACAGUUCCUCACCUCGAUCCCCUCAGCGUUCAUGGGUUACGACCUCAUCGAGUGGCUGAUGGACCGGCUUGCCAUCGAAGAAUCAGUAGAGGCGGUCCACAUUGCUAACCAACUAUGCCAGUAUGGCUACUUCUUCCCGGUGAACGACUCCAAGACGCUUACUGUAAAGGACGAUAGUUCUCUGUAUAGGUUUCAGACACCCUAUUAUUGGCCGUGGCAACACAGAAUCCUCGACAACGUGGAAUACGCGAUUUAUCUGGCUAAGCGAACUCUGAGGAACAAACAACGUCACGCUCUCGAAGACUAUGAGAUCGAGACUCUAAACGGCCUGCGCAGGAGCCUGCAGAACAAGUGGGACAUCAUACAAUUACAGGCCGAGGAACAGGUACGGCUGUCGAAGGAGCGCAAAAAGGGGGACAAGAUAGUGAGCGACUCGCAGGAACGGGCGUUUUGGAGGGUUCAUCGGCCACCACCCGGAUGUUUCAGUAGCUUGGAAGUGCUCGUAUCUACUCGUUUUCAUCCUGGACUUCCACGAUCUUCGUCACGCAAACGCACUCUAACUGAUCUGCAACGUGAGGUGGUCCUCCUGCGGAACAGUUUGACACGCACGAGGAUCAAGGUCUCGACUGCGAUUGAAAAUUUGAAAUCAUACUUCGAAACGUACGUGGAGUACGACCCGAUGUUUGUACAGCCGCAACCUUCCAAUCCAUGGAUCACCGACGAUCACACGUUUUGGCAACUGAAUAGUCCCUUAGUGGAAGUUCCUACGGAGAAGCGUGUUAAACGAUGGGCGCUGUCGAUGGAAGAACUAAUGUCUGAUCCUACAGGUUUACAAGAGUUCACGAAUUAUUUAAGAAAGGAAUACAGCCACGAGAACAUAAGGUUUUGGCUGGCGGUUAAAGAUCUCAGGCACAGUUUUCAAGCACAAAUACCCGACAAAGUCAACGAAAUUUUUAGAGAAUUCCUGGCGCCGGGAGCUCCCUGCGAAAUCAACAUAGACGGCAAAACGAUGGAGAAGGUUCAUCAGGAGAUGAAAAACCCGAGCAGAUUUACGUUCGAUUCCGCCGCGGAGCAUGUAUAUACCCUACUCCUGAAGAAGGACUGCUAUCCUAGAUUUAUUCGCUCCGAUCAGUAUCGCAAUCUCUUAGCUGCCGGUGUGCAACCUUUGCAAAAGAAGAGAUUUUUCGUCUUUGGCGGCCAAACUAAGAAGAAAAUUUCCUCUACUUCGACUCCAACGUCUAGCAUUUUGCAACAGUGGCGGUGGCGUGGCGGUGGCGGCGGCGGUGGUGGCGGCGGCAGGCGAAGAGGAAGUGACCGCAGCCUGACCGGAAGCGCCCACGAGCUCGCCGUAUGCGGGGUGCGCGACGUCACUUCCACGCCGCGGGUGCCGCACUCUCACAGCCAAUCGAAUCUCACCGACAUUCCAUACAGGGGAGAUCUACCACAACUCGUAAAGAUACCUUCGAGGCCUAGUCCACGUAGUAUUCAGGAUGCUGGCGCGACGGAAGUGGCGGUUCGCCCUAUGGACGACGUAUGCCCAUGGGACGCCGCGCCGGGCCCGAGCACGGAACACGCGGCGGAUGCUGGCAAUGCGGCGGCGAUGUCCACUGGCGGGACAGCGUCAGCUGAUCAGACCCGACACGUGUGGGACAGCGGCGGCAGUCACGCGACGAUGACCGCGCACUCCGCCGAGGCCGCGCGCGCCUCUCGCAAGAACUCGGCGCAACUGGACUCCUGCAGCUCGUCGUCGGACGUCAGCCUCGCCAUCGCGGAGGUGUCCGAGCGGCUGCGGAAGUCGUGCAGUUUGCAGCAUAGCGCUAGCAUAGGUCGGUACUCGAGCGGUGCGCCGACUUCCGGUCCCGGCAUAAUGACGCGGAACUACUCGACCUGCUCCGCGAGCGGCCGCAUCAGACUGUCCGAAACGAGCCGCGCGUCCGUCUCGUCUUGCAACUAUCCGUCGCCCCAGCAGUCAUUCGAGUACUCUCACGCGGUGGUCGAGAAGGUGGAAGAGAGGUCGUCCUUGGAGAAGAUCGUGCCCGAGGAGGAGACGCUCGCGGAACCCGUCGUCGUUAAAGAAGCCCAAUCGAGCAGCAGUCCCAGAACGAGCGCGAAGGCGCCCCUGAUCAGCAUCAGCGCGAUCGUGGGCGAUCUACCAAGCGACAACUCCACGAUGGAGAACGCCGACGAGGACGCGAGCGAGAGUUGCACGGCGAAGGACGCGGGUGAGAUCGUCGCCGAAGAGAGAGGCGCGCACGAGGACUCGCGAACCGACACCGGGGCGGAUGUGUCGCCGGUGGCCGAGGAAUCGGCGACGACUGAGGAGCCGCCGGAGGAAGCGCAGGUCGUGCCUGUCUGGGAGCCGGACACCCGACAGGAGGAAGACCGAUCGGCGGCUCAGGCGGUGCCUCAGGAGAAGCGUGACAAUAAUGUUAACGAAGUAUGCCCGUGGGAGGACGAGGAAAACUGUAGAGUGGAUGCACCCUAUGUAAAAACCUAUGCGACUUUAGGUUACUUGUAAUUUGUCGUUGAUAUUAAAACUUGCAUUUUGCAUUUGAACAUUCUCACGAGAUUCAAUUUCCACUUUUAAUCCACUUUACUGAGUGCUCGCGCGUUCAGACCGUCGCGUCGGUCGCGAGGAUGCCUCGAUGAUCAUCGCCGUUUGUCCGUAGUAAUGACGAGCGAGUCUUUCGGGAGAGGGGGCGAAAAUUAAGAAACAAACGUGGAGGUGUCUCUGGCGAGACGAGUCCGCAGCAACGCGAGAAUCCGGAAUUCCCGCGGGACUCGCGCGCGCGCGCAAAUCCGCAUCCGUGUCGAGGUCGCGUCGGAGCGCGUUACGCGCGAGCGACUCGUCCGAUGGAAUUCAAGUACGCGAGAGCCGAUGGAAAACGAGCCUACGGCGCACCUACGUUCGCUAAUCUCUACAUCGAGUCGCGAAUAUUGAGUAUGGCCUAACUAUUAGACUCGUACGCUCGGGGUCACCGGCGAUCCGCGACGGGUCUCGUCGGGUACCUCGGCUUGCGAUCAACGACGUAGAUCUUUCUUGUCUCUUCCGACGUUUAGCACGCGGAGCUACGCGAUCGCCGUUGCUCUCGCGGUGCGCCCGCUUUUAGUACACGCGAGUCUUAUUCGAGGCAAAAAUUGAGAAAAUCGAGAAAAAAACACGAAAACGAAAAGAGAUUUGAGGGAAGAGGGGGGAUGGGGGUGGGGGAGAAAAAUCGAAAACACUGAGAGAGAGAGAGUUGUUUUCUCCGUUGUUCGGCAGACGGUUGGAAGGGUGUAGCAUCCAAUGUUGUUCGUAGACUAACAUAGGUUAGACACACUUAGACACGAUGCGUCGCGACGACAAGUAGCGAAUUACAGUAGAAUCGUGUCUCUCUUUCUCUAUCUCUGUGUUGAGCAUAGAAGUGUUCGACGAAGUCGGCAACGCGCUCGUUGCGCACGGCAGCGAGUGGCGUGCGGCGUCAUUUGCGUCAAAUUCGAGCGCGCGGAUUGGGGACUCAUUGUGCUCGGUUCCUACCGAAUGGUAUUUCGCGCAAACGCGCGCUCGCAGGGGUGCCAGCCAAACCUGAGCCCUUUGGCCGCUCCCCGUGGUCGCGCUUUUCCGAGAUACUUGUUUCCCUCGUACCCAGCCCUCGCGAAUCGCGAGACUUUUCGUUUCGAUGUGUCCCAUCACCGGAGAAUUACCGGCGACGACGUAACGACCCAGCUGCUGAUCCCUUCGAGGGUCACGCGGGAAUUUAGUCGCGCGUGUUUCUUCAAGACGCGCGCGACCAACGGUUCCGGGUGUCUUUUUCCUUUGGUUGUUUGUUUUCUUUAUUUACCGCGAAACACUGCAUCCCAAUGUCCGGCGCGUCGCGUAACUUUGUUGUAACUUGUUGAGCGCAGUUCGAUGUGCGCGUUCUCGUUUCACUCGCCAUUAGGGUUAUAACGCCAGCCUUAGCGUUGUUACACGCCGUGUCUUACGAGCGUUUGAUAUUAAAACUAUUGACGAAUUAUCAUGACCUGAUAUUUCAUAAGUAUCUAAUCUCACGUGUUACAUUGUUAGUGUCCGCGUCGCUUGUCGCGGUCGCCUCGUAUUUAAACUAUUCAACCGACGCGUCGACCGUCGCGAUGCUCGUCGAUUUCGUUCGCUGCUCCUCGCACGAGCGAAUCGCGUUCGCGAAUCUGUGAAAAUGGGAGAAACGAAAGACGAGUGAGCAAAUAUACGUCGCGAGGCCGAAAAUUAGUUGUCAAGUCUUCAGCCGGGCUCGUGGUCCUGUUACUGCCCCAGGACCCCGGACACGGUGCGACAAUUUAGACUCGUAUCCUCGUUAGAUAUCGAAGAAGAGCACGGCGUGGAAGUUCCGAGACUAAACGCGUUCGAAGAAAGUGUGUCGUGCUCUUAAUUGUAACGUCGGUGUCUUCUCGCAUAGAUUUAAGAUUAGAACGAUACGACAAAACUGUCGCGCUUAUAAUUCCCGAAAUAUUUGCGCCGGUCACGUAUGGUCGCGUACAUCUUACGAUGAUUCUGAUCGUUGAACGGAAGCCGCCGAGUCCUCGUUUUCCUCGGCGCGGAGAGGAGCGGAUAAUUCAAUCAAUUCGGAAUUAGGAGCGCCAGAACGAUCGCCAGAACUGUGCCACGUUUUCUCGACGAAGAGCCUGUAAUGGGAAACGAAGGGGGGAGGGGGAGGGAGAGAGAGAGAGAGAGAGAGAGAACCCGAGGGAGAAAGAGAACUCGCUAAUUUCCUCGCAACUGAAAUGAAUCGAAUUUUCACCCUCCCUCCCUCCCUCCCUCCCCCCUCUGUCUCCCUUCCUCCCUCUCUCGGUUCACCUCGAUAUAAAGAUCUUAGAUUGUUCGAGAGUUUGAGAAUCCUCUCUUUUCCUCUUUAAUUUCACCCGUGAGAUAACGUACGGAGGAGAACGAGAGACCGAAAUCGGCUGCUAUUCGAGCGCGACGACGGUCUGGACACGCGAGUGUAAUCAUAAGGACUCUAAAAAUAUUCACGACGGUCGUACUGUUAAUUCAGCAGCUCAACUUAAAUAUCAUAACGUUCUUACGAUAGGUUAGUCGAUAAAGAGAGAGACUAGAGUAAACGCAUAUGUCCCGCGCGAUCGAUAAGGAAAUGAAUAUAAUAUACUUGCCAUAUAUAUAUUGCCGUGCGCGAUCUUUCUUCUCGUCGCGUCACCGACGCUCACGGAUCACCGGGAUCGUCCUUUCUCGAUUCCGCCAUCCGACGUGAUUUUACUUGUACGCGCGCCACGGUCGAAUCUUCGGAAAGGCACGACACGAGACACGAGGGAGAACUCGAAAACGCUGGGGAGAAAGCGCGAUUUCUAAGCAGCAGGAGGAAAAAACACGGAGAAAAUCAAAAUAAAAGCCACACACUUUACUCUCGCCUAAGGACGUCAUUCUGUGUAAAUAAUUUCCGACAUCAUCGCGUAUCGCUUUCGAGAAAGUCUCUUGGAAAAUAUAUUAUAUUCAUCGCAAAAGCCAAAGAUCUCGUCGUCGUCGUCGUACAACGAGAGGCGCGCGCAAGGUUCCGCAAACAAAAGAAAAAAAAGAAAAAAAAAAGAAAAAAAGAAAAAGGAUCUUCUUCGCAUUCACUCGCGAGAGCCGACGAUCUCCCGGACGCUUCGCCAAGCGAGACGAUUUUCCGCUGGUUAUUUGUUCAAUUAGCUCAACUUGCAA